GGGUGGCUGCAGCCGAGCAGCGGGUCAGCAGCCGAGGUGCACUUCAGUCGAUAUUCGUUCGCAUCGCCUUCCGAGGAUACACGUGCGAACCGAACACAGUCCAUUCACGAUUUGAACGCGCACUCAUUAAAAUGGAAUUGUCCAAGGACGAUAUUGAACGCGUGAACUUCAUCUGGAACAUCUAUGACAGCACCAAUGAAGGCGUUGACGCUUUCUACUUGGGAGAUCUGCUCCGUGCUUUGGAAAUGAACCCAACAUUGGCCACCAUCGAGAAGAUGGGUGGAACCAAAAAGAAGGGCGAAAAGAAAUUGAUGGUGGAAGAGUUCUACCCAAUUUACGCUCAAGUGAUCAAGGACAAGGACCAGGGAGUGUACGAAGAUUUCAUUGAGUGCUUGAAACUAUACGACAAAGCCGAAGACGGUCACAUGAUCGGUGGUGAACUGACACACAUCCUCCUCUCCUUGGGAGAGAAAUUGUCCGACGCGGAACUCGACGAAGUCGUCAAGGACUGCAUGGACCCUGAAGAUGAGGACGGUAUGAUCCCCUAUGUCCCGUUCGUUAAAAAAGUGAUGGUUCGUCUGAGGGAUAUGAAAUAAAUUCCAUUUUAAGCGUUUAACGUAAAAAAAAAAACAAAAAAAAACCAUAAAAAAAUUUUAACUACCCGGACCACUAUCUCGUUUCUGGCCAAAGUUUGCGGAAAGCCCGUACCGGCCGAUGACAACCCGUUCAACAAGUAAAAUCACACGCGCAUCGCUCCGACAAAAGCAAAUACACGUUAUUAUUUAUUUAUUAUUAUUAAUAUAAUUAUUAUUAUUAU